AUGUCUAUGAAUUUGACCCCGAAGCUCGUGUCCGGAGCAGAAGGAGAGUGUGGUGUAGGGCUAGGCCCUUCGUAUUUGAUCUUCAUCUUGUCGAAUAUUGUGUAAAAUGGGCACAUAAUAGUUACAUUCUCGAAAAUUGAAGAUACGUGCUCAAAGUUUACGCAGUAAGUUAACUGUUACAACCUGGUGAAGUAAGUAUACUGUGUUAAAAUGGCCAACCCAAAUCGUGAAAGUGUCAGUACGCGGUUUUCUGAUAAUUAUGAUCUUAAAGAAGAAUUGGGAAAAGGCGCCUUUUCAAUCGUUCGACGUGCUGUGCAGAAAUCAACCGGUUACGAAUUUGCGGCCAAAAUAAUUAAUACUAAAAAACUCUCUGCAAGAGACUUCCAAAAGUUGGAGAGGGAGGCGCGAAUUUGCCGAAAACUUCAACACCCUAACAUUGUGAGACUCCACGAUUCGAUUCAAGAGGAACAUUUUCAUUACCUCGUUUUUGACCUGGUAACGGGCGGUGAAUUGUUUGAAGACAUCGUUGCCAGAGAAUUCUACUCUGAGGCUGAUGCGUCUCAUUGUAUACAACAAAUUCUUGAAUCUGUACACCAUUGUCACCAUAAUGGAGUUGUUCACAGAGACUUAAAACCAGAAAAUCUCUUACUUGCCAGCAAAGCUAAAGGAGCUGCUGUAAAACUUGCUGAUUUUGGAUUAGCCAUUGAAGUACAAGGCGAUCAGCAAGCUUGGUUUGGUUUUGCGGGUACUCCUGGCUAUUUAUCACCUGAAGUACUUAAAAAAGAACCAUACGGUAAGCCAGUAGAUAUCUGGGCGUGCGGUGUGAUUUUAUAUAUUUUGCUUGUUGGUUAUCCUCCAUUUUGGGAUGAAGAUCAACAUCGACUGUAUGGGCAAAUUAAAGCGGGUGCUUAUGAUUAUCCAUCGCCCGAAUGGGAUACAGUAACACCCGAAGCUAAAAGUCUCAUAAACCAGAUGUUAACUGUAAACCCAAGCAAGAGAAUAACGGCUUCUGAAGCCCUUAAACACCCAUGGAUUUGCCACCGGGAACGUGUUGCUUCUGUUAUGCACAGGCAAGAGACCGUGGACUGUUUGAAGAAAUUCAAUGCACGACGCAAACUGAAGGGCGCAAUUUUGACAACUAUGCUUGCUACCCGCAAUUUCUCUGGAAAGUCUAUGGUGAACAAAAAAGGUGACGGGUCACAAGUAAAAGAAUCAACCGACAGCAGCACAACAUUGGAAGACGAUGACCUAGACAAGGACAAGAAAGGUGUAGAUAGAGCAUGUACUGUAAUUUCCAAGGAGCACGACGAGGAAGCGUUGACUAAAGCUGAUUCAUUUGGUAAAGCUCGUGGUGACAGUAAUGCUUCUUUGCGCCGAGCAGAAGUAAUUAAGGUUACUGAAGUGCUCAUAGAUGCAAUUAAUAACGGUGAUUAUGAAACCUAUUCCAAAUUAUGUGACCCAAAUGUAACUGCAUUUGAUCCAGAUGCACUGGGCAACCUAGUGGAAGGCGUCGAAUUUCACAAGUUCUUUAUCGAUAACACGCCAACCCAUGUGAAAACUAACACGACGAUCUUAAACCCUAGAGUGCAUCUUAUCGGUGAUGAUGUAGCCGUAAUCGCAUACGUUUGCGUAACACAAAGUGUGGACGCCGAGGGCCGACGAGCCACACACCAGUCGCAAGAGACUCGUAUAUGGCACAAACGCCACAACAAGUGGACGGCAAUACAUUUCCAUCGCUCCUAACUAGUCCCUUCUACAACCCAAACUUGUACGGUAGAGGAUAAUGGUCUUGUAGGUCAGAUUGUAUGUAAUGGAGAUAUCGUUACAUUGCAACAGUUUUAAACAUAUUUCAAAGUAUCGACUGAGACCACAAAACUACAAAAUCCUCUUCAUCGUACAAUAUAAAAAUUUAUUAUCCAAUUCUGCUAUGAAACUUACACGAAUUUUAUUAGAAUUCUUUGUAAUCCAAAAAAUUAAGUUAAUUACUUAUAGGUAAAUGUUAUUGACACCUGUGUAAGCGAUUCGGAAGUUGAUUCUUAUCCGUUAAAGUCACUAAAUAAAAAUACGAUGUGGCUAAAAUGUGAUACCGUUAAAUUCAAUGCUUUGUGCUAGUUAUAGUAGAGUGUACAAAAAUCUGAUCUCUGACAAAAUCGAAAAUAUGUCAACGAAUAUCGAGACAAAGUGUUUCAUGAAAUCUCAACAAACAACAGAUCUGAUACUAAUGAAUCUAUAUUAUAAGUAAAUCAGCAAAAUUUUCAACAUUUAGAAUAUUUAGCACAUUUCUCAGUAAGUCUCUCUACAUUUUUAACUAUGAAUGUUUUGUCGUGCUUAAAAAUGGUGUUCUAUUUGUUAUGAAAUACCUAGUUGAUAAGAUUUAAGUAACUAAUAUAUCCUGCAGUUAUUGGCACUAUGCACUUAGAUUUAUGUAUCUUUACAGUGAUGUCGUAGUUUAUUAAAAUUAUCUUUCAUCUAUUUGUAGUUUACUGAACUGCGUUACAUUCUCUUCAACUAUUAGAAUCCUACCUAUGUAUUAGCUAGUACAGCAUCGACGUGCGUAUUAUAUUUUAAGUGGAUUAUAUCAAUUUCGUCAAUUUUAGAUUUUAAUGUUAAUGACAUUAUGCUUUCGGCUUUCUUCACCAGGGCAUUAGUGUGAUCUAAUACUUUCUUUAACUACUAUUUAAUUGGGCCGAUCUAAUUGUUUGCUGUAUUGGUUUCGUACCUGGCAUCAACACAAAUGUAUUUGACAUAGCUUAGAAUUUUAAAGUGAUAACUGUGCAAGAGAAUGGUCUGCGUGUUGGUAUUUUAUGAACUAAGAGGAGCUUUGUCAACAGUGAUAUUAAUGUAAUAAAUGUAAAGUGUUUUUUGCACAGUUUCACUUAAGAGAUGUGCUUUAAAUAUGGGAUCUAUAACUGUAAGUCUGCAGUAAUUUCAGUAUUUCCUAUAAUAUAUACUUAGAUAUAAAUGACAUUUAUCCAUGUUUUUUACAAUUUUGUAAUAUAUUUUAGUAUAGUUAGCAAAACUUAAUUUACGACCAUCAAAGAGAGUUGAAAUUGUAAUAUUAAAAGCAUAAUAAAACCUACAUUGUGAAUCAACUUUUCAUGUUGGUACUUUCACUGUAUACAGAGUACAUAGUUGUGCCAUUAUCAUUGAAAUUAGUGCCAAUAACUGUAAAAACUAAAAAUGUAUUCUAGUCUUUAUUGUUACCUACGCAUAUUUAGUAAUUAAUCAACAUUUUUAAAUUAAUUUUGAACAUAUAUUUACAUACAUAGGUACAUGAACUUAAAUGUGUACAUAGUUAUUGAUUUGCACAUUGCAUGUUUAAAGUGUCGUCUUCGUCAUUAGCUAAAUAAAGUAUUUUCUUUGAAAAUAUUUAAUGAGGGUUUGUUAUCUAGAUCAUGUUGAAUUUAUUUAAUAAUUUACUUCUACUUAAAUAGUGGCUCUCCGUUAAUGUUAAAAGACUAGAUAUGUCCACGGAGUUGUCAGACCCUAAAAGGUAUAGAUAGUUAUAUCUGCCUAGAUAUCAGUUGUGCUAAUCCAUUGUUGGGAAAUAACGUGAUAUAGACACGACACAACUUGUUAGUUUUUUAAGCUCAGUCAUAAACAUCACAGUAUGUAACUUUAAUGUUUUUAUAUACUUACUUACCUACUUAAGUUACCGUUGUUUUAUUGUUAAUUUUUUAAAUAGUAGCCUAACAGCUAAUUUAUUAUAAAUUCCUUUAUUGAAUGUAUACUUAACGAGGUACAGCUGAAAGUUUGCAUUGGGUCUAUGAAAAUCCCUUUUCCCAAGAAAACCUUUUGGGUAGGUAUCUAUUUCUUAUACACCUACAUUAUCAAAAUAACUAUAAAUAUUCAUAAAGGUCAGUAUGAAACACCAAUGUAUUGAAAUAUAACAAAAGUAUAAUAUUUUAUUGAAUAGACUAAUAUGUUACCAAACUAUCAAUGAAAUACAAUAUUUACUAUUAAACUGUUAAAUUUUGUCAGAAUUUAAUUAAAUACUACUUAAAGCAAAUUAAAUUAUGUAUAUAACCCUAUCUACCUAUUCAGUAUGAGAAGAAGCACAAAUCUAUCAUCAUGAUAAUAUCUUCCAGAAAAUCUCACAAAUCUCUUGAGACAAGAAUAUUUUAAGUAUUUAUGUAUGUUUUAGUCUUCCCCGGACAGUAGUCCAGACACCAAAUUAAAGGGAUACCUAUACACAGCUACUGUCAGCUUGGAUUAAAUAGUUUAACUUUCUCAAAAAUUUAAUCUGCUCUCCGCAAAUUGUUAAUAAUGCACAUUUACCUGUUUGCAUGCAUUUAUCUCACUGGCUUUUACAUUUAGGAGGGCUUGUAAAAUGACAUUUAACUUUUUCCAUUGGCUGCUUUUUAUUCUGUACAUUUACAAUACUUAUAAUAAAAAUAUAAUAAUAAAUUAUUUUACAUUAAAGAUGUACUUAAACUUUACUGUUUCAUGGGACCAUUUGUAUCAAAUAAUGACAUUAUUGACUUUUCACAGAUCUGCUAAAAUAACUAUACUUAGAGGUGUGAUACGAAUGGUUUCAUGAGAAAAAUUAUAUACAUAAUAUGGGUGCAUUGCAAUAGGGGUACAUUUUUAAAUAUACUAGUAUAAAUCGUUUUUGUGUCAUAAUUUUCAAUUAAUAAUUACUUGUGUAGUAAAAUUGCUGAUAAUCUCAAUAGAUUAACAUUAUCUAUAAUAUUCAGCUAGAAUUGUGUUUAAUGUUUCAAAGCCAAACAUUGCAAAGUUAAUAUUUGUAAGGCUAUAUCAACAUUAACUUACAUCAUUAUUAGGGUGUUGAUUAAGUGGAUAUGAACAAUGUGUUUAGUCAAAAUUCCAUACCAAUUUGCACCCUCGCCUAGGUAUGCGGUUGAGAUUAUUUUAUAUGUUUAUAGUUAGAAAUAUUACCAAAGUAUUUAUACUUUAAUGCACCACAAACUUCAUUUAGGAUUUGCUCUUUUUGUCAUGAAAGCUAAGUUUGUUGUAGAAUAUAUCCUAUGUGGAUGUAUAGGUGUAUUAAAGAAUUGUCAGUAUAUUUGUAUUAAACAUUAUUACUUGGACCUCUGCAUUGCCGAUUAUCAUGUAAAAUUCUCUAAAAUAAAGUUCUUUUGAUCUACAAU